AUGACGAAGAAUAAUAACCUUAAGAAUAUCUUAACCUGUAGAACCGUUGAGACUGUAAAAACGAGUCUUCUUCUAGUUGCCCAGCAUGUCCCACUCAUUGGGGAGGUCGCCAGCGUAGCGGGACAGAUUCUCGAUAUGAUGCAGGAGGCCCACAACAACAAGGCGAUAUGCAAAACUAUUCACGACGUUGUUUUAUCCAACAUGGCUUUUCUAGGAUCAUUAGAUAAAGAAGAAUACAGCAACAACAAGUCACUUGAGGAUUUUUUGAGAGUUGUCUACCUUCCGACUCUGACUGAGAUUGCGAAAACGAUCGAAAAGAAAAAGUCGCCUCUUGAAUUU